AUGCGCCAGUCACUUGGAGGGCAGGGCUUUGGCGUGUUUACGCAGCCAGACAAGUCUUUGAAUAUGCAAACACCCCAAGUAGCCCCUACACAAUCCGCUAUGAGACCGACACAGUCCAUUCGAAGGCAGUCAACACGUCCUGGUGCGCCACCCAACAUGUUAUCAAGCACCCAGACGCCAGCCAUGGGAUCUAGAACAAUGCAAGCAAUCUUCCAGCCACCGACUACAGCGCCCAGGGGAACACUCCCACGGAUGCAGUACGUAGCGGACGACAGAGCGUUGCGGGAGAAUGCCUCUUUCAUGUUAAGGGGAAUCAAUGAAUUCUUGCGAAAGCAAGGAAAAGACCUGACGCUGCGAACACAACCAACGCCCUCGGCAAAAGAGUUUCAGGAUGCCUUUCUUUUCAUCUAUAACCUCGUCUUCGAGGACGAUAGAGCGCCCACUGGCAAGAAAAUGGAUGAAGAAGUAAUCGAACUUUUGCGACAAGCAAGAUACCCCUGGAUGGAGUCGCUCAGCAAGCUGAGCUUUUCAAUUAUCCAACCGCACAUUUGGCCCCAUCUCAUCGGCGCGUUAAGCUGGAUGGUUGGGCUCUACAACUUUGAAAAUGGCUGGAUGCAGGACAGCAAGAAUCACUAUCUCCUAGAUGAAGACCCAGGAGAAAGAAUGGAUGAUCCUGGACUCGAAAGCAACGAGCUCAACCACCCCCGCUUAAUGCGACUGUUCCUCUGCUAUCUUUCGGAUGUCUGGCCCAGUUAUCUUGCUGGGAAAGAUAAUUUCGAUGAGCAAAAGAAGGAGUUUGCCGCUAUAGUCGAUGGUAUCAUCGGCGAGCACCAGAUUUUAUUAGAAGAGCAAGAGCAGACCCUAGCAGAACUUGUGCGUGAGGCCGAUGGUCUCCGUCGCACUGAGGACGCAGAAAAACAGCUCAAGGCUGAGAUGGCGGAUAUUGAUAUGCGUAUUGAUCAUGCCCAAGAAGUCGUCCGUGCUGGACAGACAAAACUACAGCAACAAAUCGACUUGAACAGAGGUCUCGAUCUCGAUCUGAGGAGGACCGAGGAGAAGCUAGAAAACCUCAUCCGGAGUAAUACUAGAUUGGCAGACGACGUGCGGCGACAAAAUCUUUCGGCAGAGGAAGUCGCUCGAAUGUAUCGGGACAGAGAAGAGCUUGGAAAACAGCUCGAAGAUCUGAUGCAGAAGGAUAUCGAGCUACAGAAGACUGGAGACACCCUGGCCGUAUCCAUCUAUCGCAAGUCCGAUGAGAUUGACACCAUGGUCGAAAACUAUGCAAACAUACUCUACGAAGUCGGGCUGCAUCCAAAGCCACCUCCACUUUUCCACCCUGGCGAGUUAGACUUCAACUUUAACAGAGCAACAAACAACUUGGACGAGCUAAUCACCGGCGCGGAUAUCUCCGCAUCUGGAGAACUCAUUAGAAAACUUCAAAGGUAUACGGCGACAGUGCGUAACGAAAAGGCAGAGUUGGCCACGCAAGCUGUGAUGCUCGAGAAUGAGCUCGAGGUCGCGCAGGGAGAGCUAGACCACCUGUCUGCCGAAGUGAUUGAUCUCAGGAAAGAGGUCAAUGACAUGCUUGAUACCCAUGCCGUUACCAAAGCUACUUGGGAAGAUGAAUCGCGUCUCAGUAGAACACAUCUAGAAACGAUGAGACGGGAGAUUGCAAAGAUUAAGAGCACGAAUCAAGAUAGAGGGCUAGAGCUUAGUAUGAAGCUGCAGACACUUGAACUAGCUAAAACUGAGACUGCGACCAAGAUCCAACGCCUGAAGACUCGGCUCAUCAAGGACCUCGUCUCAAAAGCGGAAGAAAUUGCCGAGUUGAAGACAUGGACCACGGAGCGCCUAGAGUCUUUGACCCGCCUGGCAAAGGAGGACGAUAUCGAAGUUCUGAGCCAGCCACCUACAGAUUUGGACACACUUAUCCAACGUCUCUCCAUCAAUUGA